AGUUGCGUGCAGAUUUAUAUUUGGAUCAGACGACAGUCGCUAAGAAAUUUGUCAAAAUUAUUAACAUUUUGUGAAUGAAAGACUCAGUUCUUCAGUCAAUAAUGAGCAGCCAGCAGAGCAUGUUGGAGAGAUUCUCUAUCUCACCCGAAGAUUAUCUGGAGCGCCAUCAUGUGUUGACGUACUUAGAAGAUGCAGUGACCCAGCUGCUAGAGUUCAAAGAUGAUCAACCUAAAGCAGAUCCAGCCAUCUUCCUUCAAGAAUAUUUCACCAGUAUCUUGAAAGGUACCAAUGUGUUGUAUAGGGAGUAUGACUAUGUUCGCUCCACGCCCCACAACCGAUCUGCCUUCGUCAAGCUAUUUUGGAGAUGCUUCAAGUACAUCGGCAAGCAAGGAGAUCUACUAACAGUCAGUGAAUACCACUCCCUGCUUAGUCUACUCUGCCCAGACUUUCCUGUUGACCCAGUCCAUCGUACAGCAAGGAUCAUCUUCCUCGAAGAUGCGAUGGACUCCCUGACAUCGUUUGCUGAUUUCCUCUUUGCAUUCCAAGUCCAGUUCUACUAUGAUGAAUUUCUUCAGCGUUGUCUGGAUAUCUAUGAACGUCAGAUCUCUGCUGCCCAGAGCCCACGAGAGACUGUCUACAUUCCCAGCGAGGCAUCUCCACGGCAACAGAAGAAGCCAUCGCAGUCCUCUGCAGAUCACCCUCUGCCUGAAGGGGUCGACACCCGAUAUUUCCUGGAUGCGAUCUCUAAGGAAAGCCAGAGGGCUAAGUACAGCUACCCAGAGAUGUCCGACCUGCGAGGUGUUCUCUCCUCCAGCAGCAGAACAUCUUUCUAUGGCUUCCUGGUAGCGCUGUCCAAAGACGAUGCAAUCAAUGCGGGAAUUGGUGUGCUGCCCUCUAGGUCAGCUCUGUAUGAUGAUCUAUCUGGUACUCCGCCUGCUUCUCUUGAAAGGAAAAGCAAACGGAAUACAGCAACUCGACUUGGAGGGAUGUCAUUGAGGCAAGAUGAGAAAUGAGAUUGGGAGGCUGGAUGAGAGGCUCAACCAAUCCUUCCAGGCUUCCUGUGGAUGAUUCCGAUGUCACCCAGAAGAACUUUUGUCCUGGUCACCGGGAUGUCUCUGGACAAUUUUAUUGUUCCUGAUCUCCUCGGCGUACUCGUGCCUGAUAUACUUGCAGCCCUGUCUCAAGAAUUAAAAUGUUUUUGUUAAAGCUUUGCUGUUUGGUAUGGUAAGAUGUAGAGGCCAAAUGAUUUUUGCGGAUUGUUUUACCCUCUGAUAUGAACAACAUAUGCAAUCAAAGGAGGACGUCAAGAUGCGACUCUCAUUAAAAAAAAAAACUGUCACCCAGGGAUGCAGAAUUUGUCAACAUUUUUGUAGUCUAAAUUGUGACAAGCAAAGAAGUAUUCAACUCUCAAAACAAUGAAUGUGAUUUGUUAACAUUAGAAAAAGCACAUUGUAAAUGUUAUUACUAGUACCGUUUCCUCUAAAUUGUCCUUACUAAACAAGAAAGUAUAGAAACAGAUGACAGUUACCUAUUCAGGAAUAAAAACUUUUCCAAUGGGGUGUGUCAUGUGAGUCCCCUGUUUGCAUAGCGUGAGCUUUACAUUGUGCGAUAACCAGACGAUUUUCUGUUUCUGAACCCAUAGUAAAAGAGCUCUACAAAAGUUUGUUUACUGGUGAAUUUAUUUUUGUUAAUGCCGUGUCAUGCUAGUACUGAGCAUUCACUUUCAGGAGCACAUGGAGCUGUGAUUUGAAACAUUGAUGUUUUUACCCCCUGGUAUAGCCCAUCACUAAAUGUCAUAACUUUCCUAUUGCACAUCUAUCUUGAUGGUAUGCAAGUAUUGCAUAGGAGUUUAUUUCAUUUUUCUUGAUUUAUUUUCAAAUUGGCUAAUAGAAGUGAUAGAUUUGGUAUUCAUUUUUCUGCUGGUUUUACAGCACUUUGUCGUUGACCUCAUCCUUCUGUCUUUAUUGACAUUUCCCUAGCCAUAGUGAGGCCCCACGCCCUCUGAGCUCCCCGCCGCGUUGCCACGUGCAGUGUAAAUCGUAUGAUGAUGUGGCAGAUUUGUAGCUAGCUCUAUAGUUAUGUAACUAGCCUUAGAUUCCAAGUUUUCGGAAAUUUUCACCACUUUUACUUAUCCUACUUUUAAAGUAUUUGUCUCCAUUCUCUGGUAAUUCUUUGACAAUUUUUGCUGCGAUUCACACUCCUGAAUUAGGAUCUACUGCAAGCAUUUUAAUCACCAUUUUGGUAGAAUGACAAGGCUAAAAUUCAAUGACAGCACAUGGUUUUCAGUACUAUAAGAGAUUAGAUCUAAGAGACUAAAUACUCGUGAUAGACUUCAGUAGUAUCGUUAACAUUCACAUAUUGCUCUAGUGUUUCGGUGUUGCAGAGAUGUAGUAAAAGUUUGCAAGAAGUCACAAUCACAUGCAUA